AUGCCGACCAUUACCGAAGGUGUCGCGUGCAUAUCUCGCACACACGUGAGUAACAUCAGCACGGACUGGGUCACGCUGACGUCCUUGCGCGAUGGCAGGCGUUGGGUGACUUGUGAUCGCAGCUGCGCAGGUUUCUGCAAGUACGUCAAAAACAGUUCUGAGAUGCUAGAACACCUGCAGGAGCUGCGGACCUUUCAGUGCGAUCGGCUGAUGGCCGACAGCGCGCAGGCGUCUACCGAUCCGUUCCAGGACACCAGCACGGAGGGCUCCUCCCCCGAGAAUCCGCUCAAAAGGGCGAAGAAGUCCAUGGCCGACGACAUCGCAGGCAAUCUCAUGAGAUUGCCUCGGUCCCUUCGGCCGGGCUGGAUCACGCUGAACGUGGAGUGCGAGGGCGGCACGACGCGCUCCGUCAAUGUCCUGUCCGCCCCCUAUGGGAGGACCAAGCUCACCAUCGAGCGCGCGGAUGAGAGCCUCGCUGUGUUGCUGAUGAAGCCACGCCGCGUGGGCUUCCCCAACGCGUUGGUGCCAGAGAUUGCCCGGCCCUACGUCAAGUGGUUGGGGUCGCAGCAGACUUGCAGGGUCAAGUACUUCAACGGUGCCUUGCAGAAGUGGAGCUGCAAGACGAAGCGGGCCCCGAUGGUUGGCUCGCCCGCCGGGUUCCAGCGGGGCGUCGACGCUGCCGCGGCGGAGUUGCAGGAGUUCCGCGACGUGAACCACGUUGAGCGACGCGAUGUGGAGGGCGAGCGCGAUGGCGCAUAA